GUCUGUUUAUUUCCUACACAUAAAUUUGCUUCUUUAAAACAAUCACCCAAAACGGAAAAUACCCAUCUCUUCUAACCUUCACAUCUUUCUUCCUCUCCCUUCAAAUCCCCAAAAAAAACCAUUUUGUUCCCAGUUUUCAAUAUAUCAUCAUCUUUAACAUUUGUUGUUCAUUAUGCUACAAUGAGAGACAUUGUUUCUUGUUUCAGUGAAAACGCAGUAAACGUUUCUCAUUCUUCAUGUUCUUCAAGCCAUUCAAGCAAUGAUGCUUGUAUGCUCUCCCCUACAUUAAUAGUGCCUUCAAUCCAGAACGAAGUCUCUGCUAUUUACAAAGUCAUUCUUUCUACUAAGAAGCCACUCUUGGUUCGGGUCACAUGGUGCAAGAACCAAACCGGUCAGGGCCUUAUCUUAAACUUUGGUGACGACGAUGAAGAUGACCCUUCAACCUGCUUUAAACUCAACACCAAUUUGAGGUUUUUCAGGAAGAAGAAAGGCAACAAAGUGAUCGAAGCUAACCAUUCAAAGCUUGAAGUCUUUUGGGAUCUUUCCACCGCUAAAUAUGAUGCAGGACCCGAACCGGUUAACGGGUUCUAUGUGUUAGUCAUGGUUGACUUAGAGAUAAGCCUUGUUUUAGGCGACAUUGAUGAAGAAACCGUCACCCAAAAGUUCAGAAAGACGACCCCAGUUGCUAAAGUCUCCCUCAUUUCCCGACAAGAACAUUGUUCAGGCAAUACCCUCUACUCCACCAAGGCUCAAUUCUCUGAUACGGGCAUUGUUCAUGAUGUUUUGAUAAGAUUUGGUAGGGAAAAUGAAGGCCUAAAGCACCCUAUUUUAUCAGUUUACAUCGAUAAGAAGAUAGUGAUUCGUGUGAAGAGGUUGCAAUGGAAUUUUAGAGGAAACCAGACCAUAUUUGUUGAUGGGUUAUCAGUUGAUCUGAUGUGGGAUGUUCAUGAUUGGUUCUUCAAACCUGUCACGGGUUCUGCAAUUUUCACGGGUUCUGCAAUUUUCAUGUUUAGGACAAGAAGUGGAUUCGAUAGCCGACUUUGGUUGGAGGAGAAGUUGUUGCAGAAAGAUCAAGAUAGACAUGGAUUCUCAUUGUUGAUUUAUGCCUGUAAGAACACAUAAAAAGAAGCACACUUUGUUCCAUGUUUUUGUUUGAUUUUUUUCUUCUUUUUGAAAAAUCAGAACUUACCUUUAAGUGUUA